GUGGAUGCUGUUACCCAAUGGCGGGACUUGUGUUUGCAGAAGUUUGAGUUGGAGGAUCAUGAGUGGGUUAUAUUAGAACAGCUGCGAGAUGUACUUAAGAUUCUAAAGGACACCACACUGUACUUUUCAUGCACAACACCCAACCUUGCGACAGUGAUCCCAGCAAUGGAUCACAUCGACAAUAUGCUAAUGUCAUACUCCCGCAACAAAAGAUACAUGCCCUCAAUUCGUUCAGCAGUUCGGCUGGCCAAGAACACCCUCAACCGCUAUUAUGAGCUCACUGACAAGUCUCUGACAUAUCGAAUCUCAAUGGUCUUACAUCCACAGCACAAACUAACAUACUUCAAGGCUGCACGAUGGGAAGAUGACUAG